AAUAAGAAUAACUAACCUAAAUUGUGAUUUGUUUGAUGGAAACAAAAAUAAUGAAAGUGUUUUACAUAUAAUUUCCAUCUGAAAGAUAAACUUCUCGGGAUAUGAUAAUUAAAUGAAAUAAACUGAAAAAUUAAUAUCAAUAGUCUCCAACCUGUACAAAAUGGAAGAAAGUUUCGAGAUACUACGUAUGGAAUACAGGGAUGUGCUCGAAAAAUCAUUCAAAUCUAGGAGAGUGGAUCUCCUGGAGCAGAAAAUGAAAUCUUUCAACACCGAAAUCGAUUUGAAAACAGUCUUGGACCUGAUCUUGCGGGAACUUUUGCUCAACCUUCUCGAAGAACAAUCCAGCAUUGCCGUACUCAAAGAUUUCAUUGAUUUCUCAAUACUGCUAUGCCGACAAGGAUUGAGUUCGCCCACAGUGCCCGUCCUUCUGCUGGGGGAUGUAUUUGAGACCCUAACGCUAGAUGUGUGCGAGGUUAUGUUUACUUUCGUUGAGCAGAAUGUCCACAUAUGGAAAGAAGAACUGUUUUUCACCGCUUGUAAGAACAAUUUGCUCAGGCUUUGCAAUGAUCUUCUGAGACGUCUUUCUCGAACUACGGCAACAGUUUUUUGUGGCAAAAUCCUGUUGUUUCUAGCGAAGUUCUUUCCAUUUUCGGAAAGAUCAGGACUGAAUAUUGUAAGCGAGUUCAAUUUGGAAAAUGUGACGGAGUAUGGAAUGGAUCCUUCUGACGAUGUGGUUCCUGAAAUUCAAAAGGGAGAUCAGAUACAAAAGGUUGAUUUCACAUUUUACUGCAAAUUUUGGCAGUUGCAAGACUUUUUCAGAAAUCCUAGCCAGUGUUACAAUAAAGCCCAAGUGAUUCUGUUUCAGCACUCCACAAGUAUACUAAAUACUUUCCAUGGAAUAAAAUUGGAUUAUGUGACUUCUAUGGAAAACUCAACGAAUGUGGGUUAUUUCGCAAAAUACCUAACCAGUCAAAAACUUCUGGAUCUGCAACUGCAUGACGUCAACUUCAGAAGAUCUGUUUUGCUUCAGUUUCUUAUAAUCUUUCAAUAUUUCACUUCUACAGUUAAAUUUAAAUCGUAAGUAUUCCCAAUCGUAAGCUGU